AUGCCCAGCAAGGUUGUGGCUACCAUCAACUCGACCGGAAGGCAAGCAGCUUCCUUCAUUCGAGCCGCUGCCGCCGUGGGAUGGCACGUCAAAGCGCAAAUCCGGAACCGAGAAGGGCUGGUGUACGACGAGCUGUCCGAACUCCCCAAUGUCGAGUUCAUAGAAGGUGACCUUGCCGGUCCGCAGCGAAAGCAGAUACUCGACAAUCUGUUCUCGGGCGCCAAGAUCGCCUUUGUCAACACCACGCACUGGGGAGAUGAAGUCGCCAUCGGCAAGGCCUGCGCGGACGCUGCCAAGCGAGCAGGCAUCGUCCAUUAUGUAUACUCGAGCAUGCCGGAUCAUUCUACCUUUGGCAAGAAUUGGAGGGCUCUACCGAUGUGGUCGUCGAAGUUCGCCAUCGAGAACUACGUCCGACAGAUAGGCAUUCCUGCCACCUUUACUUAUACCGGCAUCUACAACAACAACUUUACAUCCCUACCAUUCCCCUUGUUCCAGAUGGAGCUGCAGGAUGAUGGAAGCUUCGUGUGGCAAGCGCCCUUCCACCCUGACGACCCUCUGCCGUGGCUGGAUGCCGAACACGAUGUUGGUCCUGCACUACUGGCGAUCUUCAAGAAGGGUCCGAAUCACUGGAAAGGGCAGAGGGUAACCCUCGCCUUCGAGAAGCUAACCCCCGUCCAAUGCUGCGCCCGCUUCUCCAAAGGCCUGGGCCGACCAGUCGAAUACGUCCACGGACCCAUCCACGUCUCCGUCUCCAUCCCAUCAGGCUACCGAGAACAUCUCGAGAUCCUCCAAGAUACCCUCGGCAACAAGCGCGCGCCCUACUUCGGCCCCGACCUCGAGUACCCACGCGAGGGCCGGAGCAUCUGGGAAGGCUGGCGCGGCAUCGAGGAGUACGCGCGCGAGGUCUUUCCUAUUGAGGAGUACAACAACGGACUCCGAUGGAUGGAGGAAGGGACGGAGGGUGGGAUGGCGACGCCAAGUGAGAGUAGCAGCACGAGGCCCACCACACCUGCUGGGCAGCCCAUGCAGCACAUGGCGCUCUCGGGCGCCUACACGCCACGCUCGCAUCCUGAAGGCAUGGAUGGGGAUAUGUUCGUUGGGAGUGUGUGA